AUGCCAAAGUCUUUUCUUGUCAAAAAGAAACCAGGAGCAUGUGGUGCAUGGCAAUGGAGAGAUCCAGAACAGACUGAGUGGAAAGAAAAUGAUACAGUUGGUAAGAACUUUAGUGAAAAUCCAAAGAAGCAGAUAUCCUGCAGCUCUAAUGCCACCUCAACUAUCCUUCAGUCAACUGUUGCACCAGGACAAAGAGUACCAGUACCUUUUGAAGGAUCAGGGGCACGAGGUGUAAACACAGGACAUGAAUGGCCUACGCUGAUGAUCCAGGGUUCCUUCUACCAUCCCAGUGCACUGGCACUAGUCAGCCGAGCGAAGGCCCGUCCCCGGACUUCCUCAAGCUCUGGUGACUUUGUGUGUUCGGUGUGCCACAAGGUAUUUCCCCUGCAGCGUAUGCUGACCCGUCACUUGAAGUGCCACAGUCUGGUGAAGAGACACCCCUGUCGGUACUGUGGAAAAGGAUUCAAUGACACCUUUGACCUCAAGAGGCACAUGCGGACACAUACAGGCAUUCGUCCUUACAAGUGUGAGCUGUGUGAGAAAGCCUUCACCCAGCGUUGCUCUCUGGAGUCUCACAUGAAGAAGAUUCAUGGUGUCCACCAACAGUAUGCCUACCGCCAGCGGCGCUCCAAAAUCUUUGUAUGUGAGGACUGUGGCUACACCUCAAGCAGUCCUGAUGAGUACUUCCUCCAUGUGAGGCAGUGCCACCCCAGCAGUCCAGUGCUCCGCAGAUACUACCGGCGCCAGGCUCACGACAACAGUGGAUUUGCACCAGCAGACCAAAAACUCAACCCUUAUCUGCUGUACUCAACCCCUUCAUACUUCAUGUAA